GGCCCUGGAGCUGCUUCCUCUCAGCCCUGCAAGAGCCCUAAACACAGUGCAUCUGCCUGCAGCCUGCCUGCACGCCUGCCUGCAGCCUGUCCCCAACCAGCCCCAGGCUCAGGGUUCGGCCUUACUUCCCAGCCAUGCUGCUGCUCCCACUCCUCCUGAAGGCCACCCUGCUGCGCCUGGCCAGUGGCUCCUACCACCCCUUCUACAACGGCUUCUACUACAAUCACAUCAUGAAUGACAAUGGCCACGAGGAGGACAAAGUGGAUUACUUCAACGGAGCUAGACUUGUGGUGGAAACCUCCAAAGACCCUGUGUACAGCUACAAUGGUGCCAAUGUCACCCUGCCUUGCCACUACCACUACGAGCCUGACCUGGGACCUAAGCGCAAAAUCCGCAUCAAGUGGUCCAAGCUGCGGGACGACUACACCAAAGAGCAGGAUGUGAUGGUGGCCAUUGGCAAGACCUACAUGGCCUUUGGGGACUUCAAGGGCCGUGCUCACAUCCAUCAGGCCAGCCAGCACGAGGCCUCGCUGGUCAUCAGCGAUGUGCGCUUGAAGGACGAUGGCAAAUACCGCUGUGAAGUGAUCGAUGGGCUGGAGGACGAGAGUGAUGUUGUGGACCUCCGGCUGCAAGGAAUCGUGUUCCCCUACCAGCCUCCCCGCGGGCAGUACAGGCUCAACUUCCACGAAGCCGAGCAAGUGUGCCAGGACCAAGGUGCCAUCCUCGCCAACUUUAACCAGCUCUUCCAGGCGUGGAGCGAGGGGCUGGACUGGUGCAACGCAGGCUGGCUCGCCGAUGGCACGGUGCAGUACCCCAUCCGCCUGCCCCGCAAACCCUGCGGGGGAGUGCACCUCGCCCCGGGCAUCCGCAGCUACGGCCCGCGCCACCGGCACCUCCACCGCUUCGAUGCCUUCUGCUUCUCCUCCGCCCUCAAAGGAGAGGUUUUCUACCUGGACCGCCCGGCUGGGAUGACGCUGGAGGAGGCCAAGCAGAGCUGCCAGGAUGCAGGGGCCGAAAUCGCCCGGGUGGGGCAGCUGUACUCCGCCUGGAAGUUCCUGGGGCUGGACCGAUGCAAUGCGGGCUGGCUGGCAGAUGGCAGUGUCCGCUACCCCAUUGUCACGCCCCGGGCCAAUUGUGGCCCCGCCGAGCCCGGUGUCCGCAGCUUCGGCUUCCCCAGCAAGGGCAGGUUUGGAGUCUUCUGCUACAGAGAGAGAUAAAGAGCCGGGAGGGAUCCUUCUUGGACGAAGGAUGUUUCCAGCCUGCCAGUGCCCAGUGUUGGGCAUUUCCAAGGGCUGUUUUGGGGGUGACUGGGGGGAGGUGGGAUGGGGGGAGGUUUCUUUUUGUUUUGUUUUGUUUCGUUUCCUUUCUUUAUAUUUUCCACAUCUUGCUCAGCAGCUGGCACCUGCAGCUGCUUGGGGUGGCUGCCAGCUGGGCAGUGUGGGACAGUCCCUGUUGUGGGAUGUGUGCAAGGAUGACGCCCAUGGGCCACUGCUGCCACCCCACUUGGCCCUGCCACCCCAUGGGGGGUGGCUCCUUCCUGCGGUGGCAGAUUGUCACUGACACCCACCUGCCCAUCCAGGCUGGUCCUGCCUCCGAGUUCAUGAGGCAAGGCCAUGAGGGAGCGAGGCAAGGCUGGAUUUGGCCAGAGCAGAGAGCGGGCAUCUCCACUGCACCCUGGCCCCUCUUCCAGCUCCAUCCAUGUCCUGCUGAAGGAUGCCACUGUGCCUGUCCCUGCCAGAGCACAAGUGCCUUAUCUCCAUGUGCCCCUUGCCUGAACUCCAUUUGAACUCUGGUGCCUUCUUCUUUGAGCGUUGGCUAUGAAAAGAUGUGUUUUUCUGGACAUGUCCUAAUAAAAUGGUGGAGAAAGCCCUGGAGUGACA